CGCGCUCAAGAGGAGCGUGCUUGGGAAACAAGCAACACACUGCUGUUAUUUUUCUUGGGGGGGAAAAAAAAUAUUCCAAAGUGUAAGGAGCUUCUUUUUGCUUUUGGGCAACACUCAUCCUGCCCUAUCGUUUACUUCCCACCCCCAAUCUCUCACUGGCGCUCUCUCUAUUGCCACAUCUGUGCGCUGACUUGGCUGAGCGGCUCACUCGCGGCUGCCCCAGCCGGCUGAGGGUGUUGACACUGGGACCACUACCUGCUGCCGGGGGAUUAAGCGUGCUUUGAAUACACGGAGACUGCUUUGUCGCUUUGGUUGCUGACCGCUGCGAGGGUCCACGUCAAGGACACAUAAAUCCACGUGGCCAAGACACCGAGCACGGACCAAGGCAAUCCAAAGGAAUGGAUGCUCAGGGAAGCGUAAAGAAAAGCUGACAAUAAACUGGUGAAAGCUGGCAGAGAGUGAAGAAGUUGUUUCCUGCACGGACCCCGUAACGGAACAUAACGAUAAAUCGGAUCAGGGUGCAGUGAGAGAUCUUUCUUCUCAUUUUCGCUAUUGGGAUUUUCAAUUCUGGUGGUAAUAUGCUCCAGGAGAGCACCACAAAUCUCCACCUCUGGCUACACUUCAUUUUUCACCCUCUUUGAGUUGUUUUCUUCAAAGCGUUAAUCUCGUGUUUCUCAUCCUCACGGAACCACUCUGACAGCUUGCGUGGAUUGCAAUCCUCAACUUUUCUGGCUUUCUAACACUUCAUAAGGCGUGAGGUGUACGAGAGGAAGAAUAACAAACCCAAGAGCAUGUGCUCAUUUUUUUAAGGCAUCCAGCUGCUAAUCUGCUGCAGCAGACAUACUCCAGUGCCGGUGUCAGGUUCUCAUGUGGCACACUUGUAUAGCUCUCCAGUGUGACCAGCUUGUCCGCGGAAUACAAAGAAACAGCUGUGUGGCGUUAGAGGAGCAAAUUGUUGUUCAUGAGAGCAGCGAGCGCCGAGGUUCCGUGGAGAGCUUGGAAUAAGAUGCUUGACACCUUGCUGGCGAGCACCAGACCUUGGCAUGGUUUCUAAGGACAUUUGACUUGGGGGAAGAGGGCUUUUAGGAAGAGGGAAUCCCCUCAUCACCUGACGAAUCAGCAAUCAGGGUCACUUUAAGGACAGAAGAGGAUUCCUGUUGGAAUUGAAGUUUCUCAUGGAUAUAUUACUUUUUUAAACUGCAGUUUUUCCCCGAUAACUCGGAAGCAUAGCAGUGCAACACUCGUACACAUAUUAUUACCACCUACUUAUACUUUUAGAUUCACAGUAAGUAUUAACACAUUGCCGCCACUCAUAUAUUCCAUUCUGAAAAGACCAUUCGGAGUUUCCCCAAGGGGCCCACGACAGGAUGUAGGUAGUAAGAGGGUAGUAUGGACAGGUGGUGGGCCGACUCUAGCAAGUCCCCCUCUGUCCAGCCUUCUCCCCACCACGUGGAUGUUAUUGUAUUUAAAAAUGCAUUGCUUGGAUACGGCUGAAAGUUUGCAGCAACCCUUCUCAGCAGGAAACAAUCGGCGUGUUCCCAUCACAGUCUACAUCUGGAAACGCACCUGAAAAUCCGGACCAUUACAGUUGCUUUUUUUGUUUUGUUUUUUCUUCAUUGGGUGUCGUUUACCCAACCGCCAUCAUUUUCUCCAACGGGUCUUUGGGCGCCUCUCGACGCCCUCCUCGCCCCGUUAUCUCCUCGGCCGCCCUGGACGGAAGGGGGUCGAUGGAGUGGACCAUGGCCGGGUGCCAUUAUCCUUCUCCAACGCCGCCGGAGCGGGAGCGGAGGUACCAGCACAAAGUGUCUCUGGUGGUGCGCUACUUUAUGAUCCCCUGCAACAUCUGCCUGAUCCUGCUGGCCACGUCGACGCUGGGCUUUGCCGUGCUCCUCUUUCUCAACAACUACAAGCCUCCUCACUUUACACCGGCUCAGCCUCCUGAUGGUUGCCGAGGGAAGCUGUGCGGUUUUGGCGCAGUGUGCGAGCGAGACCCAAACGACCCGGCCAACGCAGAGUGCGUGUGCAAGAGAGGUGAAUGUCCAUCCUUGGUGGCGCCAGUAUGCGGGUCCGAUUCGUCCACCUACACCAACGAGUGUGAGCUGGAGAAAGCCCAGUGCCACACUCAGAGGCGCAUCAAGGUGCUGCGUAAGGGCCCAUGCUUUCUCAAAGAUCCUUGCACUGAGGUAACCUGCAGCUACGGCAGCACCUGUGUCCAGUCCACUGACGGCUUGUCGGCUAAAUGCAUGUGCCCGCUGGGCUGCGAGGGCAGACCAGAGCAGACGGUGUGCGGCAGCGAUGGGAAGGACUACCGCAACGAGUGUGAGCUGCAUCAGUAUGCCUGCAAGCACCACAAGAACAUCAGGGUGCAACAUCAAGGACCAUGCGACCCUUGUAAAGACAAUGAGAAUAGUCUCAACACAUUGUGCCGGGUCGAGGCCCUCACCCGCCAGCCGCUCGUCUACAGCUUGCCCGGGUCGUGCCCUCCGCCUAGCGAGCCGUUAUGCGCCAGCGACGGUGAAAACUACCCCAGCGAGUGUGCCAUGAGAGCAACGGGCUUGCAGAAAGGCAUCAAACUCAGGAAGAUCCACGGGGGGCGAUGCAGAGAGCUGGACGAAUGUUCAGAGGAGUGUCGCUUCAACGCCGUGUGUGUGGUCGAGCAGCUGAAUGCUCGCUGCUCUUGUGAUCCUAUCGAGUGCGACGGGACCUACAAGCCCGUGUGCGGCAAGGACGGCCGCACAUACACCAACGAGUGCGCGCGUCGCAAGGCCGAGUGCCUGGCCAAGACUCUCAUCCCCGUUAAGCAUGCGGGACCCUGUGAUCUCCACACGCCGAGCCCCUGCUUGGAUAAGGUGUGCCAUCACGGCGCAGUGUGCGUGGUCAAAAACGAUGAGCCCGUGUGUGAAUGCCCGGAAGCCUGCCCUCAAACGUCAGACCCGGUGUGCGGUUCUGACGGCAGCAGUUACGGCAGCCCCUGUGAGAUGCGAGCAAUGGGCUGUGCUCUACAGAAAACCAUCCACAUCCAGCAUAAAGGACCUUGUGACGAGGCCUGUGCCAACUGCUCUUUCGGGGCAAUCUGCGAGGCCCAAAGUGGACAGUGCGUUUGUGCAACCGAGUGCGUGGAGUCCCACCAGCCCGUAUGCGGGAGCGAUGGCACCACCUACACCAGUGAGUGCGAGCUGCACGUGCGGGCCUGCAAAAAACAGAUGGAACUCUACGUGGUCAGCCAAGGGGAGUGCAAAACUUGUGGCAACACUAUGUGUGCCUGGGGCGCCCGCUGUGUCCAAAGUAAGUGCGAGUGCCCGGCGUGCUCGGUUGAAGCGUUCUCCCCGGUGUGCGGAAGUGAUGGCACCACCUACGAAAACGAGUGUGAACUCCGCCUGUCCUCGUGCGUGCAGAAGAAGAGAAUCGAGGUGGCCAAGGCAGGCAGCUGCGAUGAAGAUUGUGGCUCAGGAGGGUCCGGCUCUGGUGCGGAGAGCUGCGAACAGGACCGCUGUCGCAUGUAUGGAGGCUCGUACGACGAAGAUGCCGAAGAAGACAGAUGUGUGUGCGAUUUCAUAUGCCACACUGUGCCUCACAUCGAGGUUUGUGGUUCAGAUGGGAAAACUUACAGCAACGAGUGUGAGCUGAAGAAGGCCAGAUGUGAGAAACAAGAGCAGUUGACAGUUCAGCACCUGGGAUUGUGUACAGCCACAUCGCUGCCGAAGCCCGCCGAGCCCAAGCACUGCUCUCUGUCUGUGUACGGCUGCUGUGCCGACAACUCCACAGCCGCCUUGGGAGUCGGGUUGGCUGGCUGUCCGAGCACCUGCCAAUGUAAUGGUUAUGGCUCCUACAAGGGUACAUGUGACCCAGUCACUGGUCAGUGCUCUUGCAAGCCAGGUGUCGGGGGACAGAAGUGUGACCGCUGCGAGCCGGGCUUCUGGAACUUCCGCGGUAUUGUGACGGAGAACAUGAGCGGCUGCACACCGUGCAACUGCGACGCCAGCGGGUCAGUGCGUGACGACUGCGAGCAGAUGUCCGGUCUGUGCUCUUGUAAGGCCGGGGUGAAGGGCAUGAAGUGUAAUAUGUGUCCAGAUGGAAGCAAGAUGGGCAUGAAUGGCUGUGACAAAGGUCCAGAGGCUCCGAAUUCAUGUGAUGAGUUAGUUUGUAGUUUUGGAGCAUCUUGUACUGAGGUGAAUGGUCAGGCCCAUUGUGAGUGCCCCUCACCAGACUGUGACGAGCGGAACAAAACGAAGGUGUGCGGUUCUGAUGGGGUGACGUAUGCAGACCAGUGCCAGCUGAGGACCAUUGCCUGUAGGCAGGACAAGGAUGUCACAGUGCAACACUUGGGACAGUGCACAGAAACCAUCUCCGAGCGUGCUGAGCAACCCACUCCAACCCCUCUCGCCGCCACCACCAUCACAGCGCCAGCCCCCUUAGAUCAUAAGGUGUGGGCCAUCCCGCCUCCGAGAACGGUCGAGACUGCGGUGCGGCACCCUGCCACCACGCCCUCACCCACCCUCACCCACCACCGUGCGCAAAUAAACCACCACCACCAAUCCAUCCACAUCCAACCUCAGUCGCCGUGGUCAACCCCUGUCCCUACCGCUACCACCUCUGGAGGUAGCCCCGCCUCCUCCGCUGCUGCGAAUUCUUUCGAGGGUUCGGGCAGUGGGCAGCCGAGUGGAGAUGACCAAGCUGAGGAGGAGGAGGAGGAGCAGGAAGAGGAAGCGGGUAGCGGCGUCCUGACAGAGGCCAGUGGGGCGGAGGAGCCUUUUGGACCCACACUGGAAAACCCUGCUAUACCCAUCGCUGACCACAGGUCGCCAUGUGACAACACAGAAUUUGGAUGCUGCCCUGACAGUGAGACUCCGGCCAGCAGCCCAGAUGGAGCCAACUGUCCACCCACCAUGAAGUUCAGUGGUUUCCUGCACUUGGACCAGGUGGAGGGACAAGAAAUAGUCUACACCCCCGAGAUGGAGGAUCCAAAAUCUGAGCUUUUUGGAGAGACGGCCCGCAGUAUCGAGAGUGCCCUCAAUGACCUGUUCAGGAAGUCGGAGGUACGGAGAGACUUCAAGAGCGUAAGUGUCCGCAACCUGGCACCUAGCAACUCCAUCCUGGUCUUUGUGGAGGCUAAUUUCAAACCAGAUACAAGAUACACUGUAGAGGACAUCGAGGGAGCCCUGCUUAAACAGCUGAAGGUCUCCAAGGAAACAAGCAUCACAGUGAAGAAGCCAGUGGAUGAAAAUAUUCGCUUCAACAACUAUGGCCUUUCCUCCAUGCCCUUCUUUACCACCACCACUGCAUCAGUCACCACUGAUGCUCCCACCACCGCCACCAGACGUAUGGUAACCUCCCCCUAUAUCACCCGCCGGCCCCCGGGCACGACCCGCAGGCCUAGCACUGGCAGACGGACCACCACGACAUCAGGACCCGUCAGGACCCCGAUCCCCAUCACCACCACGGCGCAACCGAUCAUCACUACGACCGCAAUCCCGCCCACCACCACUGUAGCCCACGUCCACGAAAGACUACACAAGCACCAGAGACCCUGCGAUUCCCACCCUUGCCUCCACGGAGGAACCUGCGAGGAGGAGGGCAAUGACUUCAGCUGCAAGUGCCCCGCCGGGAGAGGAGGCUCUGUGUGCGAAAAAGUGAUCAAGUACUUCAUCCCGUCAUUCGGAGGCCACUCCUACUUGGCCUUCCAAACCAUGAGCGCAUACCACACAGUCCGCAUCGCCAUGGAUUUCAGGGCAUCAGAGAUGACGGGCAUCCUGCUCUACAAUGGCCAGGAGAACAAGAAGGACUUUAUCUCGCUGGCUGUGGUGAAUGGAAAAGUGGAACUCAGGUUCAACACAGGUUCGGGUACAGGCAUCGUGGUCAGCAACAUUGAAAUCACUCAGGGUCGCUGGCAUCAACUGGUGGUGACCCGCAAUCGGCGUCUCGCCAUGCUCAGCGUGGACAAUGAGCCGCACGUCGAGGGCGAAAGCCCACGCGGAACUGACGGCCUCAACCUGGACACCAAUCUGUUCAUUGGAGGGGUGCCUGAAGAAAUGAAGCAGGAUGUAAAGGAGAGGACAGGUGUAGCCUCAGGUCUUGUGGGCUGCAUCCGCCUGCUGGAUGUCAACAACCGAGUGCUCAACCUACAAGAGGAUGGCGUUGAUAAUCUCUAUGGCAGUGGUGUGGGCGAAUGUGGCAAUAACCCAUGCCUGCCAAAUCCCUGCAAGAAUGGGGCCACGUGCCAGGUGAAAGAAGCUGAGAUGUUCCACUGCCAAUGCAGCAAAGGAUUCUGGGGUCCAACGUGCGCAGACGUCCAUGACCCGUGCGAGCCCAGCAGAUGCCAUCCGUCCUCCAAGUGCCAGGCACUUCCCGAGGGAGGCUACAAGUGUGAAUGUCCUAUGGGACGUGAAGGGAGGCACUGCGAGAUAGUUGCUGAGAGGCGAGGGGCAUACAUGCCACUCUUCAAUGGAGACUCAUACCUGGAGCUCAAGGGACUUCAUCUUUACGGACAUGAUCUGCGCCAAAAAGUCAGCAUGACAGUGGUUCUUAUGGCCAAUGAUUCCAACGGCCUGAUCUUCUACAACGGGCAAAAAUCUGACGGAAAGGGAGACUUCAUCUCUUUGUCCCUCAAUGAGGGGAUCCUGGAGUUCCGCUAUGACCUCGGCAAGGGCCCUGCUACCAUCAGGAGUAAAGAACCAAUCAGGCUCAACAUGUGGUACACGGUCAAUUUGGAGCGCUCCAAUCGCAAAGGAGAGAUCAUGGUGAACAAGAAAGACGCCGUUCGAGGAGAGGCACCGAAAUCACGCAAGAACCUCCACGUGGACCUAAACCUGAAAGAGUCUCUCUUUGUUGGUGGGGCUCCUGACUAUAGUCGACUUGCACGAAGUGCCGCCCUCACAGAAGGCUUCAAGGGAACGAUCCAAAAGAUCAUUUUGAUGGGCACGCCCAUCCUUCGAGAAGAGAACGCCCUGCGCUCCCAGAAUCUGGCCAUGUUCCAGGAGCAUGCAUGUUCCCGGGAACCCUGCCACAAUGGUGGGCGUUGCAACCCCCAGCUGGACACUUAUGAGUGUGUGUGCCUCAGUGGCUACUCCGGGGGACACUGUCAGAACACCAUUUACGAGAAGUCUGCCGGGACUGACACGGAGGCCGUUGCCUUUGACGGCCGGACAUUCAUCGAAUACCACAACGCCGUCACAAGGAGCCAACUGACCAAUGAGAUCCCAGAUCCCGAGUCUGUGGAAAACCCAUCUGACCAGAGCGAAAAGGCUCUGCUGGUGAACAAAUUUGAGCUGAGCAUUCGCACGGAGGCGACCCAAGGCCUCGUGCUGUGGAGCGGGAAGGGCGUGGAGCGUUCCGACUACAUCGCUCUGGCCGUCGUGGACGGCCGUGUUCAGAUGAUGUACGACCUGGGCUCCAAGCCAGUGGUGUUGCGCUCUUCGGUGCGCGUCGACACCAACCGCUGGAUACGCAUCAAGGCUAGCAGAGCGCUACGAGAUGGAUCGCUACAAGUCGGCAACGAGGCAGCAGUGACGGGAUCGUCGCCUUUGGCGGCAACUCAGCUGGACACGGACGGAGCGCUUUGGCUGGGCGGUCUGGAAGAAGUGGCGGUGGCACGUCGGCUGCCCAAGGCCUACAGCACGGGCUUUGUGGGCUGCAUCAAGGAUGUGCUGGUGGAUGGCGUGGAGCUCCACCUGGUGGAGGACGCCCUGAAUAGCCCCCAAAUAUUACAUUGUCCGGCGGCCAAAUAAGCAGGCACGGAAAAAACACUGCGAAAUGAAAAAGCAAAUCAGUCAAUACUCAAGAAAUCCUCCCCGUCUUUUCCACUCAAUCCAUAGCACCCAUGUCUCCUGCUGUAAUUAUUUUCUAUUUUUGUAUACUGUUCAUCAAUUUUUUUUGGUGCGGGGAGAAAAUGUUUUAAAAUUUCUUGGGUUUUUUUUCAUAAUUUCCUUUAAUCUGCACCUACAUUCACAUGUCCAUUGCCUUUUUUUUAAAUCAACAUUUAAAACAUUUUCGGUGUAAUAGUUUUGCUGUUAAAUCUGUUGCCAAGGUAACCAAAAAGGUUGCUUAUUGACUUUGCUCAUGACUUGAAUUCUGGUGUUGAUUUUUACUUAAUCCCUUGUUGUGGUGCCAUACGGUCAUUUAAAUUCCCCCAAAUUCUUUUAACAUACAAUAAUAUAUAUACUAUAUCCAUGUUAUAUAAUACUACAUUCCCUCACCACCUCCCAACUCAUUGUAUUUCUCUAAUGGAACUCUUUGAGAUCAGUCAAGCUGCUACGGUGACAAAGUACAAAAAAAGAAAAAUCCACUCCCAUCGCUCUUCACAGCACCAAAAAUUAAUUAGUUUGAAACUGAAACCGAUAUUUACUGGAACUGAAGCCUGUCAGACUCUAACACAUCUAACAUCUGGAACAAAGUCUUAUAAAUAAUUAUAGAGUUUAUAAAUAAUACCAGAGACUGUGAAUAUUAGAGGUGGCUUCUCCUCAGAGAGAGGCAUGUAUUUUUUUUUUCAUCAAAUUAUAACUCAUGAUGACCACUAUUAAUGCAUGGACGUAUGCAGUGUCAAUUGUUUUGUCUUUAAUCCCGCAAAAAAACCACAUGGGAAAAAAAAAAAAACUUUCUUCCCUCUACAAUAGCAAAGGUAUCGGUUCAUUGUCCAAAGCUUUUUCCAGGUAUUGCACAAGAAUCUUGAAUGGUGCAAAAGGGGGAAAGUUGUUCUUAGGGAGGAUGGAAAAAGGAGCAACGCAAGGAAAAAGAGACGAUUAUUCUGGCAUGUAUUUUGCCCGACAAAUCAACAAUCAACAAAAGACUUGAGUUCCCUUUUUUUUAUAUUCCACAUUGCUGGAAGAAUCCGAUGCGGCUGUUGAGAGAGACUGCGACCCUUGUUGAAGCCAUAACAGCCACAAAUCAAUGUUAACUAACAUACUGUAGUAGCGCAUGGGUUUGUAACAUUCAGCGACGCAACGAGGAAUUGCUGAACCACAAUAAGCUGUGAUGACUGAUAUCUUCUUUUGAUAUGAGAUCUUUGGCAAUAUAUUCUAUAACAAAAUCUGUUUUGUGGUUGGGUAGCAAACGGUCUUGUUCGUUUACUUUCUUAAUGUUCCCCCUCUGAAAUAAUCUGGCAACCAUUUUUUUUAUGUACAGGCCACCUGUUUUACGUGUAAAUUUAGCUAAAUGUGUUAUCUGUGGAGGUUUGUUUGUUUGUUUUAGUAAUAUACACUGGAGCCAUGUCUCUUCUUCCACACUUUGAUAAAUGUACAUGGGGGAGGGAUGUCACUAAAGCUAUAAUAUAAUUGUCGUGCAUAAUAUCAGGUGAAAUCAGGAAGCCCUUUUCUGGUGUAUCAAGCCACAUUGCAAUUCCAACACUCGCUCUCUAUAUCUUAUUUUGGCCACACUGUUCUUUGGUUUGGAUCCAUUGAGGUGGCGACACCUAAAAAUAUAUAUAUAUACAUUUCCAUCAUGUAUUGAUGUGACACCAGACAAUAAUGCCACAUGAUUUAAUGCCAACUUGGAAUUGCCUUUAAAGCCCCCAGUCACCUUGACUCUAAGCAUCGUCCUUAUUUUAGCCGAUUGAUAAACUCCAUCCCCAUAUAAUAGUAAUAAUAAUGACAGAUAGUGAUAGUUAAAAAAAACACGACAAGAGGAAUGUUCAGAUCCUCUCUUCUGUUCCUUAUUUAUAUCUAAAAGUGGGUGUAAGCGACUGUCUGAUCACAAACUUCAUAAAACGGCAGUGCAUCGAGUAAAAGUGGCAUGACCUGAACAUUACUAACUUUAUGACCUUUGUCUUGUGUUCUUACCAUCAUGAAAUAAAAUGUCAACCAAAAUGGA